AGGCGUGGCCAGCCCCGAAAGAAAGGCGUGGGGGGGAGCGCUGCGCCCCGGCCCAGCCGGCAUGAUGGGCCGCAGGUUCUGCCUGGCUCUUGCACUGGCUGCUCUCCCCACAGUGGCUGCCGUUGAAGAAGUACCUGUGGUUCACCAAGACUCCUGGGGAGACUUCUGGCUGUUCCGUUUCUUAGUCAAUGCUGCAGGCUAUGCGAGCAUUGUGGUGCCAGGCUUCUUGCUGAUCCAGUACUUUAAGAAGAAAAACUAUCUCGAGACAGGCCGAGGAGUUUGCUUUCCAGUUAUCAAAUCAUGUGUUUUUGGCAAUGAAGCCAAGUCAGGACACCAAGAUGAUGCCUUGCUGGCAGCUCGGAAUGAGACCGUAGAAUCCUCUACAGCCCGGCAAAUUUUUAAGCUACUGUUCUGUGCAACUGGCCUACAGAUUUCCUACUUGACUUGGGGUGUCCUCCAAGAGCGUGUGAUGACCAGAACAUACGGAGCAACUGAGUCAGACCCUGGCGAGAAGUUCAAGGAUUCUCAGUUCCUUGUCUUCAUGAACCGGAUCCUCGCCUGCACUGUAGCUGGCCUGUACUGUGCCCUGACCAAGCAGCCCCGCCAUGGUGCCCCCAUGUACAAGUACUCCUUUGCCUCCCUCUCCAACAUCCUUAGUAGUUGGUGCCAGUAUGAGGCGCUCAAAUACAUCAGCUUCCCCACACAGGUGCUGGCCAAAGCUUCCAAGGUUAUUCCGGUCAUGCUGAUGGGAAAGUUGGUGUCACGCAAGAGUUACGAAUACUGGGAGUACCUGACAGCAGCACUCAUCUCUGUAGGGGUCAGCAUGUUCUUGCUGUCCAGUACACAUGACAAACAUCUCUCUACUGUCACCACCUUCUCUGGUGUGAUCCUCCUGGCAGGCUACAUUGUCUUUGACAGCUUCACCUCUAACUGGCAGGAUGCGCUCUUCACCUAUAAGAUGUCCUCAGUGCAAAUGAUGUUUGGGGUAAAUGUCUUCUCAUGCCUCUUCACUGUAGGCUCACUCCUAGAGCAGGGAGCCUUACUAGAGUCGGUACGCUUUAUGGCUCGCCACUCUGAGUUUGCUGCCCAUGCUGUGCUUCUGUCAGUGUGCUCAGCCUUUGGCCAGCUGUUUAUCUUCUACACCAUCAACCAAUUUGGUGCAGCUGUUUUCACCAUCAUCAUGACAUUGCGGCAAGCCUUUGCUAUCCUCCUUUCCUGUCUCAUCUAUGGUCACGCAGUUACUGUGGUGGGUGGACUAGGAGUAGCUGUCGUCUUCAUAGCACUUUUUCUACGCGUUUAUGCCCGCAGCCGCAUGAAGAAGCGAGCAAAGAAGCCACCUGUUGAGACCACAGUACAAAAAGUUUAGGGGCUGCAAGGCAGCUGUAGCCCCCCCACCCAUGCCCUGGGACUGUCUCCAAACUCUUAAGCACUUGUUUAAUGUCUUGCAAUUCCAGCAAGGAGUCUGGAAGUGAAAAAAGUCUUUUCCCAGCUGAUCCUCCUUUGGACAACACUGCUGAGAUUGGCUUGGAGGAAGCAAAAGAGACCUUUCCUCUUGUUGCCUUACAGUCUGAGCAUUUCAAGUCUGCCAGGGUACUCUGCUAAAUGAGACUAGAGGCUAUUAAUACUUUAGGUUUCUUCUGCAGUGGCUUCCUUUGGAGAAGGCUCACAUGUGAACAAAGUACGUUGGGGUUUUCUUGUCCUUUGCUGCAGUACCCCUCCGCUUAUCACCUUGGAACUGCAUAUAAGGGCAUAACAAGAAAAACGCUUUUAAUUUUCUUAUUUUUAACCCACCCCCAAAAAACCCUGUUAUUGGAAGGGGAAGGUAGCGGAUCCUGCAAACCCCAUCCUUUUAACAAGAAAAAAGAACUGACUGGAGGCGGCUUUGGGCUGACCCAUCUGGCUUUCAGAAUGGUCCUGAUGUGUAAUAGGCCAUCAUAAACCAGAGCUUCCUCUUUUCAGGCUUGGAAUAGACCCCAUGUGUUCUUUUGCCACACUGUUGAACAUUUUCCACGUGUACCAUUCUUCAGUGUCCUCUGGUUCUUGCUUUUUUGUUAGUUGUCUAUUGAACAUCCAUCUUACUGCCUUGAACUACAAUUCCAAACUUUUUGAGGCUAUUCUUGGGAUGCUAUGUAUCAUCCUGGGAUGUAUAGCUGCUGCAUAGUUUAGAAAAGCACAAAUAUUGCCUUCUUGAAAUAUCUCUUCAGAACCAGUUCAAAAUGUGUCUGGGUUUUUUUUUAACUGCUCCAUACAGGUUAGGGUAGAAGGAAGGCAUCCCUACACAGACUAUUUCCCUGACCACCUUCAGCUUUUAAAGGGAUUCUUGGAUGCAUACUUGGUUCACACUGGGACCUAUCUAUCUGGAAGCAGCAUGUGCAUCCAGUCUUGAAUUCUGCUUCCAGCACAGCUAGUUCCCCCUGCAAAUGUUGAAUAUGUUCCAGAGUAUGUUGUGGAACAGGGAAGGUUGCAGAGAGUUUGGGGGCAUAUAUUGGUUGUGGAUGAGCCAGCUAUGAUGGAAGCAGCAUGGAUCAGGGUAUUGGGUUGCCUAGACUACUUGCAUUGCCUCAUGUCCCUGCUUUUUAUCCUCUUUCUGGGAGAUGUGGGGCAGGAUACCUUGGGAGGUUCUAUUUUGAUGAACUGGACAUUAUUGUCCUCUUCUCCACAUGCCGCUGCUUUCAAUCUUGAGUGCAAGGUUGGAGUUGACUUCACUGGCUCUGCCUAGGGAGCCUGGAUUUUACCCUUUUAACGUCAAGCUGACAUUGCGAAGGGGAAAUAUUUUUGCUACUUCUGAAACACAACUUCUCUCUCCUUUUUAUUUUAUUAAAAUUUAAAAGAUGCUGCAGA